UACAAACAAACAGACAAACAAACAGACAAGCCAAAUUUAUAUAUAGAUACAGUUAAUUUUGGUCUGAAACCAUUUCCUCACAAAAUUCUGCAGAACAUUUUUCAGAACAAUUUUUCUUUAAAGUCCCAAGAAAGUAUGUGUAUAUAAGAAAAUCCUCACUAUUUUCCACUUUUGAUAUUCUAGGAUUUUUCAGACCCAUCAUGUCCAGUACAAUAGCUAGAACUGUAGAGCGUCCUAUUGGCCGCUAUGCGCCUCCUGAUUGGCAUGCCAGAAAUGGAAAGCUUUCUGAGAUAUCCCGGAACACGAGGGACUACAGCCACGCAUUGAGACAGGAAGCAAAGCAGCUGAGGAUUGAUGCUGAUGCUAAAACUAAAUGGUUUAAUUAUGAGAACAAUGUUAAACUCAAUGAAAGGGUGAGACAUAUAACAGAAUGGCGGGAUAAGUUGGAUCAGUGUUUACGGGAUCUAAAUCUUGAGAUCUCUGUUCAAAAAGAUGCAAAGGAGGCUUGUGAGAGAGCUUUAGAAGCUAAGAACUUACCCUUGGAGAUAGCGCUGGAGAACUUGAACACCAGGGAGGAGAGGCUUGAGUUCGACGUGGUCAAGGACGAGGUCGAGGCCCAGCUCAACAACGAGGUUCAGCUGAUAGAAAAUAUUAAAGAUAAGCUCAAGACUCGGUGUGAGGAGGCCUGGGACUGCCUGGCUAAACUAGAGGAAUCAAGGGAGGCAGUAGAACUAGACCUCAGGGAUAAGACUGAUGCUCUGGAUAUAGAUAUGAAGCAGCUGGAUUUAACUGAAUCAUCUGCUGGGAUCAGCUAUAAACCUGAUGCUACGAGGGUUCCUAAAGGGAGUGUUGUACCGGAGACCUGGUACACGUUCUCUGAGCACAACAAGAUGAGAGCAGAACAAGUAAUGGCGGAAAGUCAAAGGCUGAGGGAAGCCAUCUUCCAUACAAUAGAGCAGACCAGUAAUGAUCUCAGGGUGCAGCAAGAUGCAACAAAUUUUGAUUUCCGAAAACGCCACUAUGAGAUGAAGCGGGCAAAGGAGGAACUUGAAUACCAGAUGAAAACGACGAACCAGGAGAUAGAUGAACAGGUUGAGAAUAUCCGGCAGAUGGAAAUGGCUAUUAGAGCAAAAGAGAAUCCGUUAAAACUCGCGGAGACAAGACUUGAAAACAGAACAAGCAGACCACAUGUAGAGCUGUGUCGGGAUGAGCCAAUGCAGGGUUUGAUCCAAGAGGUGGAAACCUUGCGUGAAACCAUUCAUAAACUUAAUCUUAAACUAGAUCACUCCAGGGAAACCCUUACAGAGCUGGAGGCUCAUCUUCAUCAACUGGAAGAAGAUCAUAAAAACAAACAGCUGGCUCUCAGCCUAGAUCUAAGAUGUAUGGAUACACGGAAACGAUUAGGAAAUCAUGAUAAGGAAAUCAAAUCUCAGUUUGAUAAAAACCAGAAACUGACCGGGGUUCUUAGGGCAAGCACCAGGUUUCUGGAGAAUUCCAAGCAUGCAAAAUAUUGAGUAAAUCCUCAGCAGUACAGUGUACGUAAAUAAAGCGAAGUUUUUAUGUACAAAAUAUUGUCUCGAAGCGAACAUCUUAAAGUUAAUAGCCGUGUCACUAAUGUAUAGAAAAUAUUGGAAAAAUCCAAAAGUUCAAUCAAUUUUAUAAAGUUUAUGAAUAACUGUUUAAAUGUAUAAAUU